CAUCGGCUGGGGCAGCCAGGGAGGAGAACAACGGAGCUGCGACUUGGACCAAACCCACGACUAGAUAGUGUAGAGUCGUAAAAAACUGUAAAGGAAAUACUUUUUGUUCAAUUACAAGGUUACCAGAGGGUUUAGGACGGAUGCAGCGGUGAUAUCCACUCACAGCAGCAGCUGGGUGGCGGUGCUCUUUAGCAUCAGCUAGCCGGUUAGCUGGUGCUAACAGACGGGGGGAGCUGUUGGUAACAUCAGCCCAGCUGGCUCCAGCAACAACAGACAAAGGAAAGACAAGAUAUAAAUUGCUUAAAAGUUUAAAUUACAUCACAUAUCACUGACAGGGACCGCUGUGUGGUCAGAAGCACAGAAGCAGGUUAGCAGUUAGUUUGUUGAGGCCAGCGUUAGCUAAGUUAACAUAGCUAUUGUUGGGUCGUAUCAGGCUCGACAUCUGUAAAUACUGGAUUUGGGUAGCUUUAGCUAAUACAGCAAGGAAAACACAAUGAGCACCGAGGCGGAGACUGCAGCGUCUACUAAAGCCACUCCGGAGGAUGACGGCAUGACAUGGUGGUACCGAUGGCUCUGCAAAAUAGCUGGAGUCUUGGGAGGAAUAUCCUGCGCCAUCUCAGGAGUGUGGAACUGCGUCACUGUGAACCCGUUAAACAUUGCAGCUGGAGUAUGGAUGGUGUUGAACGCCUUCGUGCUGUUCCUAUGUGAAGUCCCAUUCUGUUGCCAGUUCAUAGAGUUUGCCAAUGCAGUAGCAGCCCGUGCAGACAAACUGAAACCUUGGCAGAAAGCCUUCUUCUACUGUGGGAUGGCUCUGUUUCCCAUAUUCUUGAGUUUCUCCUUUACAACCUUGUUUGGAAAUGCCAUCGCCUUCGCUACAGGAGUUCUGUACGGCCUUGCCUCUUUAGGCAAAAAGGGAGAUGCGGUGACUUAUGCCAGACUGCAGCAUCAGAAACAGGGCGAUGAAGAGAGGAUGACAGAAAUGGCAAACGGGGCUCCGGAGUGAGGCACCUGCCCGUCCACCCUCCUCUUCCCCUCUUCAGUUCUUUCUGUCCUCCAUCCAUCCUGCCUCUCCCUCCAUGCUCCUUCCCUCAUUUCUGUCACCCCAUGAUCAUGGUAUUGAGUUUAUUUAUUGACUUUAACUGCUGCAUUCUCGUUGUCCUGACCUAAUAGUAUCCACACAGAUUGACGUUGGAUUCAGUCCAUUAUUUGGUACCUGGCGUGUAAAUGGAGAUAGUGUUAAUUUGUUUUUAUGGUUUUGAACCUUCCCAUGGGUUGUAUUUAUCAUUUGUUUCCCUUUGUUGUUUGUUGCUGCUGUCAGUUGUACACUUUAUUUUGGCAGGAAAAAUUGUGAGGUACAUCUUUUUAGCCCAAGAGCCUUUAAGGAAAUCCGAAAAUUAAUGUGAUUGUAAAAUGUAUAUAAUUGACUUCAGGUUAUUCACUACCCCCUCCUCUCAUUUCUCAGUUUGUACAUCCUUUUCUUGCCUCCUUUCCUCACAUCUUAAUCCCUCCCACCGGAGAGAUGAGCGGAGGGGGCAAGGAAAAGACACAAGGAAUGAGGCAUCAGGCAUUAAAGAGAUGAGACAUCACCGCUUUGGAGCCGUCACUUUAAAGCGACAAUUAAAUAUGACGUGUGGCCAGCUGCAUCAUCAGCUGUGUGUCACACCUCCUUUAUGCAUCAUGGGUGCCAAAAAGACUUAUGCAAGGUAUACAUCUCCGCGUCCUAGCUCAUAGCUCCUCCAGAAAGCUUCCUCUCUCCUCGAGAUGUAUUUAGAAAUUGAGACAUCCUUCAAGAUAGCACACUGAGAUUGACUUCCAGGUCGCAGGCAGGAGGCAGGAGGAUGGAGGAGAGAGGAGGCACAAAACAGAGAAAUGAGAAGACUUUGAGGCUGUGAUUCAGACUUGUCUGACUUAGAGAGUAGAGUGGGUAAAGACAAGUCAAUGAUAAAAUGAGCUUUAGACUUUUGCGAUUAAUUCAAAGAACCUGUUUUACUGAGUGAACAUAGUUGAUAAAACCAACUGAGGUACAAGUGCAAGCUAGUGCUACAAGAGCUCUGUUUCCAUGUAUGAUUGAGAGUCUCAUUAAAUUUUAUUCUUAUAUUUAAUGAAAGAAACGGCCUGACUUUUUAAAACCAUUCAGACUGACAGUUACCGCCACAGAUAUGUAAAUAGCCUCAAGUGUUUCCUAAAGUAUGUUCCCUGUAUUUGAGCUCUAAAAUGUACCCUUAUUGGACUACUUUUGAGUAAAGAAGUGAUUUUUGUAUUGAAGUAUUGAAGCGACUGAGCAGACAAACUCUGACUUGCAGCCUGAAUGCAUUUUUAAACAUACAUAGGCAUUAGGGAUACUUUAAACAUACAUUGGGGAAUGUAUCUGGUAUACCCAAAGAUAGAGACAGUUUAUGCUUUCAUUUAUUUCAUUUUUUCUUCAGUUGCCCACCAGAGGCAUUCCUGCACUAAACUUUUGGUAGCAUGGACUCUGGUAUAGAGGGAAUGUCAUUAAAAGCUUUAAGUGCAUGUGUCAGCUUGUUUACGUAUGGUCCCUCAUGAUCAAGCAGCCGGUAGCUAAGUUGUGGCUGCAGAUUUUGUGGUACAUGAUGUCAUGGAAAAACUGGAACGUGCACUUGUUUGUUCAGAUUUUUUUUAAAACAUGUUGCACCUUUUUUUUUUUUUUGUUCGAGAAUCUCUUACUGAAUUUUUGCUGUGUUUAUUAUGAGUCUUAAUUAGUACACACUACCAAACCCCAUGGAAAAUUGAAUGAGGGGAAGUGUCUUGAUUCAGGGACUAAUUGGUCUGUAUCCCACACAAUCACCAGAGCCAUGGUUUGCCUUUGUCACUCAAAUGAGGUAUGCAGUGGUCUGCAAUGUACGAUUUGUGUUUGUGCUGUUUUGUUGCCUUGUCUCUGUUGUGUCAUCGGUAAUAAGGAUGCUUUGGGAAUAACUGUUUACACGUACCUCUUACAGCUGUUUCCAUCCUUAGUCUAUUACUGGCUGGUCAGUGACUGAGUGGAUUAUUCACACAUUACCACCAGCUCUCAGGUAUCAUACUCAACAAUGCACAGCGUAAAAUAAGUAGUUUAUGCAUAGAUCAUAGAUGUAUGGUAACUAGCAUAAGCAUGACUAUGAAAUGUAAUAUCAUUUGAACUGACAGAAAAGCAUUUGUGUAGCACUGAAAACGUGCACAACCAGCGUUCACAAGUGAUGAAACACUACAUGCACACCAGCAGUAUGCUACAGUCGGACACUACACACUCUUACACUACAGCUUUAACAAGAUGUAAAAACAAAAAACCCUGCUUUCCUUCCCCACAUCUAUCCAUCUGUCCAUCCAGUUUUAUUUUAUGUAUCCAGGACUGCUGUGAAUUGAUUGACUUUCCAUCAGCAGGUGUUGAGUGCAUAUUUUUGCUGUAAGGGAUAUGUGUAUAAUGUGUGUUGUGCUCUGAAUCCUGAUCCUGUGAAUUAAACAAACUUGCUACUA